GAUGUUGCUCCACUGGAUUUAGUGGAGAUACGCCUCCUUCACGAAGCCGGAGAGAACCAUGUGGACCAGGCGCGCUGUAUCCUGAUGCACAGAUCGUUCAGCCAAUGGGAGAGGAGCAGGAGGCAGCCUCGCUAUGAAAGGCUCUUCCCACUUCUUCCCAUCUUUGCAUCCG